AUGACAACGCUCACAUCGGAGAAAGACCGACUUCAUAAAGUGGCCGAUCUCAUGCUUGAGAUAUACCAAGAGCUGGCCAGAAUGCGUUACAUACAACCCGCGGGCAUCCAGCUCGGGCCACAUAACAAUACCCAUCUGGAGCCUGCCUACGACGAACUCGACCUGGAUCCAUCAGUAAAAUAUCUGUACAGUAUCCUGCCAUAUAUUGAUACGCUUUCUGCGGGGCAAGAUUCCUUCACUCAAAUUGGUGAAUUUGCCGACUUUAGAGAUAUCGAGCAGGCCGAGCAAGGCCGCGACCCAUUCUAUGGGGAUCCCUCGGAGCCUAAUUUCGAAGACGAAGAGGGCCCAUACAUGAAGCCUUGGGUCACUCCAUUGACCAGUCUGGGCAAUCAUGGUAACGUGUUGCUGUAUGAUACUCGACGACAUGUCAUGUGGAUUAUCGAUCAGGAGAGCUGGGACACGACCGAUCCCGCUCUUGAAGGUUAUCCGACGAAAGAAUCCAACUCGUUAAAUCGGAACAGCUUUGAGCAUAUUCCACACAGACCCGCGGAGUUAGUUCUGCAUGAUAUUCUACAAUGGUAUCGCAGUUUGUAUUGGAUUCCAGGCGGUGGAGAGGGUACUGGACUGGAAUGGGAUAUGUACACUAUUCCUUUGGAGGAGUUGUAUCGUGAAAAUGGGUGGCCUAGUUCUUUCGAUGGAGAUUCAUUUGAGGUAGCCCAGGUCAGGUCAUAUUGCGUUCACAGGGUGAUGGAUGAUGAGGAUGAAAACGUGGAGGCAGAAGAUCUUGCAUUGCUAGAACUGAAAUGUCUACAGAGAGAGCUCGGGUAUGCGCGCAAUGAGGUGGAUGGUUUGAAAGAGCAAAUUCAAACAGAAGAGGAGUUAGAGUAUCUUGAAGCGCUGAAUAAGCGUCUUACAUUAUCGGAACAAAGGGUCGCUGUUUAUCAGAGAGCCGUGAGCGCAGCAGAAGGAGAUAUAAGAUAG